AUGUCAUUUGGUAAACUGCCUCCCGAGGUACACUCUAUGAUCAUUGGGUUAGUCGCAGACAACUCAUCAUGGAAAGAAGGUCUACCUCUGCGAAGUGUUAGCCGUCUGUUCGAUCGCGAAAUUCAGGCUCAAUACUUUGAUUUCGGUAACAUACACACCAGUAUGGACGAAGAUACUGAUCGAACAACGCUUAGAAUGGGGCUCCAGCACUUGUACCGGUUAUUGAAAGGACAAAUAUGCGCCCGACAGUCCAGAACCGCGCUGAUUACCCAUUUAAAAGCCGCCGUUAAAAUCCUUUUGUCGAAUCCCACAUUCCACAUUACAGACGAUCUUCAAGCAAGAUAUAUUCACACAGUCAAUGGCACAGUACGACUCGAGCCGGGAGAUCGCACGUCUCAGACUGCCUCCAUGGUCGCUCUUGGAGUCCUCGAGUUCCUCGCCGGUGACAAAUCUCCAUUAUGUGUGCCGCUGGCUCGUCUGACCAGAAGUCCACGUCAGAUCGACUCCCUUUCUUGGGCCCUAGUGACUGCGAUUUCCAUGAAGGACAUUGCCACCAUCAAAGCUCUGGUAGAGCAAGAGCCUCAAAUGGCCGGUCGGAAGUAUAUUUUUGCCGAUCCCUUGCGCCUUGCUGUGACCAGCCACUGGUACGAUAUUGUCCGGUACCUCUUGGACAACGGUGCGGAUGUCAACACCCCACAUCAUUAUGCGCAUUGUUCGCCGAGAUACGAGCGGAUGCUCAUUGAGCUACCUUGUCUAUCGGGCGAUGUCAGAAUGGUUGCACUACUACUUGAGCCCCAGUACGGCGUCAAACUCGACGCGACAGAUUACGAUAGACUGUUAUGGUCGACCGUGCGGAAGUAUUGCGCUAGUACUGAUGAUACUCGCUAUGUCGAUAUCAUUCGCCUUUUUUUACAAACAUUACCUCCAAACAACCAAGCGUCAGUUCAGCACCUCGUUGUGCAUCUGGCUGUUGUUUACGACGUGCCGGAGCUGAUCCCCAUCGUUGUUGAGAUGGGCUACGAUGUGAAUGAGACCGAGGGCGGUCGGUCGCACCUGUUUCUUGCUGCAGCCCGUGGUCAGAAUGGGAUUGUUCAGGUCCUACUCGACCAUGGCGCGCGGCAUAGCCUUCAGAGCGACCUCGAUGCUGUAAAAGCUGCCUGCGUGAAUGGUAGAGCAAAUGUGCUUCGCACCUUGCUCACCCGGGUGACGAGUAUCGGCGAAUAUGGUCAUGCACUGGCCGCCGGUCAUUUCCUACUUGCUGCUAAGGCCAGCUGCAGCGACCCAGAGACGAUGUCGCGUUAUAUCAAGGUUCUAGACUGUCUCUAUGAGUAUGGACUGGACCUCAAUGCAGCCAACUGUGGUAUUAAGGCUCUGAGGUUUGCCAUUGAAAACCACCAAGAUAUUCUUGCGACGAAUCUUCUGGAGAAAGGAGUUCGUCUCCCCGACACCUCAGAGUCGAACCUUGCUCAGAGUAUGACGGCCAUGAGUAUUAAACAAACCUAG